UCGUCUCUCAGACUCUCACCUCCCCUCCGGCCUCCGCUCCCUUCCGCACCGCAAAUGCUCGCGACCGGUGACAGCGUCCGGCGUCGCCGGGCGCGGGCGCGCGGGUACCCGCGGCCGCGCGGUGGUCGCGUACGCCGGCGCCGCCGCAGGUGGAAUCCCCGCCUCCUCUCCUUCCCCGUGCCCGGAAGCUUCCUUCACCUGUCUCCCAUAUGCGGCGUCACCCCACCUGAUGGCGGCGCCGAUGUGACUGGUAACUAAUCAAUUACUGGCAGAGACGAUCAACGAGCGUAUAGGGCCCGAAAAUCAGGAUCAUUCCUCGAUGAGAAGUUGUUAAUUUCUCAGCCGAGAAGUUCUCUUUAAAGAAAUACUUGUUAGUUUAUCCACAGUGCUCCCUUGUAAGCGAGUUAAAUGUAUUUUGGACGGCCAUGAGAGUGAUGUGAUAAGAAAGUUACUGAGGAAAGUGCGAUGCGUGAAGUACUGUAGAAAAACAGCACAUUAGCAUCAUAGAGCACCACUGCUCUGCUUGAUCUCUCCCUUAUAUUUUUGUUUCACUGCACCAUCUUUUGGGGAGGUUCACCAAUCACCAUGAAUAUGCUGGUUCCUGCAGCCGUAAGUGAUAUUGCCUAUAGACUCACAACCUUUGCCAUCAAGAAAUAUCAGCAACUGCCAGAUGCUGAGGUGGCUCUGGAGACACUAAACCGACUGCUACUAAGAGCCCAGACCAUCAUUGAGGAGGCAGAGGGAAAGUGUAUUGCCAAUGAAGGGAUGCUCCAUCAGUUGCAGAUGUUAAUAGAGGGGAUGUACAGAGGCCACUACUUGCUUGAUAGGUAUAAAUAUCCAGCCCUUCAAGAGGACAGAAAGGAUGAGGAGGUGAGUCAUGUCUAUUCAUUUUCUAAGUUCAAUCCAGCCAAGCGUCUUCGUUUCUCCAGUCAUAGAAGAACACUGUGUUUUGGUAGUAACAGCAUAAAACAGCUACAAGGAAUGAUUGCUACCAUAGAAAAAGGCAUUUCUGACAUGAUGAAUCUUGUUGUAUUUUUGAGGAAUUAUCGAGUAGUGCACCACCAGCCUCGUGACACAUAUUCAGUUUUGGAAAAUUGCAUGUUUGGCCGUCAAAUGGAACAUGAGCAGGUGCUCAGUUUCUUGCUGCAAACAGAUGGUCUUGGUGAUGAAGAUUUUCCUGUGCUUCCAAUAAUUGGUCCAAGAAAAUGUGGGAAAAGCACUCUAGUCGAGCAUGCUUGUCGUGAUUAUAGGGUGCGCAAUCACUACUCUUUGAUUUUGUUCCUUAGAGGAAAUAACCUGAAGGAUGCAAGAGUGGCAAAUCUGAGAGAGAAUGGUGUAGUGAAGCACCAAAACUAUUCUUCAUGCAAAAGGUUGCUGAUAAUUAUUGAGCUAGCUUGCGAUAUCAGUGAACAAACAUGGCAAAGCUUAAAAUCUUCGAUGAGUUGCUGGGCCCGUGGGAGCAAAAUAAUCAUCACCAGCAGGUCAGAUAAGAUCGAGAAUCUGGGAACAGCAGCAGCUAUUCGGCUGGACCUCUUGCAUCCAGAAGCCUACUGGUAUUUCUUCAAGAAGCUUGCAUUUGGAAGCAGAGACCCGGAUGAGCACCCGAAGCUUGCUUCGGUAGCCAUGGAGAUUGCAACGGAGUACAGCGGGUCCUUUCUGGCUGCAUACACCAUUGGUGGAUUACUGAGGGAUAAUUUCAAUGCCCAGUUCUGGUGCUCUACUCUGAAGUACCUGAGGGCAUACAUACGCAACCAGCUCCGUUUGCAUGGUGAUCACCCUAACAAUCUCUUACUGAAGGGCCAAUGGGUGCAUUGCUUGAGAUUUGCAGAGGCCAGCAAUCCUCUGUGGAUGUCUGAUUACUAUGAGACGGACUCCUGUCCGGACCAGGCUCCCAAUAUCUCGGACAUCAUGCUGGGAAGCGCCACACCUCGCGGGAGAUUCGAGGCUCUAGGAUGGAAGUCCAGGAUGGCGCCUUACUACAGCUACAUGAUAUGCUGCAGCACGGAGGCGCCAGGGCAUGCGGUGGGCAGGAAGAAGCGCAGCUACGACCGGUUUUUGGUGUAGGUUAGUUCUGUGAUAAUGGUCAGUUGCAUGGCUGAACGAGGCUAGCAACAGAGUUGCUGUAUGUACUAAGUGAAGCAAAGCAUUUCUUUCUCCUUUUUUUGUUUGUGCUGAACAAGCAUUUGUUGACACUACUAUUGUGUAUUGUGUAUCACCCUGAGAAGCUGUUGCCUUGAUGGAUCAGGAUGGAGUAUCAUAAUCCUCUUGCAACAUCUCAGUUCUGUAAUCAUCUAUAACUAGUUGAGUGGCCCGCGCAAUUGCGCGGCUAGCACCUAUACAAAAUCAUAUAUUUUUUUA